UGUACCCCAGCAUCAGUUUGCCAGUGUGUGUGGCGUAGAUGCUGUGGAGAGCUGCAUUUUCUUCUGUACCCGGGAGGGAUAGUUAUUGCGAGCACACACACACACACUGGGCCGACAACCUCAGCGCGGUGCAGCGGAUCCAUCCCUCCACCCCGUUUCCGAGGCUGCAGCUGCUGGGGCAGGGCAGGGCGGCUGCCGUCUCCGGGCCGCUGCGGAUGGUGGGGUCAGGAGUGGUGCCGAGCCGAUGAAUCGGACCCGGCAGCGUCGUUGGGAUGAAGAACCUCAGGCAGGCUGCAUCAGAGACUCUGAUACGGUUAGGUCUGGCACACCGGCACCCCGGAUAUAAAGAGCUGACUGAGGUUGCUGAGUCGCCAAGAAGUCCGUUUGUCUGCGAGCCCCGCCUGUACCACACGCUGCAGGCCCGGAAACCCACUGGGCACAGGAACCGCAGCAACAGCAUUCCGAUAGGGUGCAAGAACUACACACAGGGUCACCAAUGGCAAACUGGCCUACGAUUCGGGACGGCAGCGUCCUACCUAAACCUAGAGAAACUCGGGGAAGGGUCCUAUUCCACGGUGUACAAGGGGAUCAGCAGGAUAAAUGGCAAUCUUGUAGCCUUGAAGGUGAUUAAGAUGCAGGAAGAAGAAGGAGUUCCUUUCACUGCAAUCCGUGAGGCAUCCCUUCUGAAGGGCUUGAAACACAGCAAUAUUGUGCUCCUGCACGACAUUAUCCACACACAGGAGAACCUGACCUUCGUCUUUGAAUACGUGCAAACAGACCUUGCCCAGUACAUGACCCAGCAUCCAGGAGGGCUACACACACACAACGUUAAGCUCUUUGUCUUCCAGCUGCUGCGCGGCCUGGCGUACAUCCAUCGUUGCCACGUUCUGCACCGUGACCUCAAGCCACAGAACCUGCUCAUCAGCUGUGUGGGAGAACUCAAGCUUGCGGAUUUUGGAUUGGCAAGAGCGAAGUCUGUGCCCAGCCAGACGUACUCAUCACAGGUGGUGACCCUGUGGUAUCGGCCUCCAGAUGUUCUUCUAGGGGCUACAGAUUAUUCUACUGGCCUGGAUGUAUGGGGUGCUGGCUGUAUAUUCGUUGAGAUGAUAGAAGGUUCUCCGGCUUUCCCUGGUGUGUCUGAUAUCACGGAGCAGCUCCAGAGAAUCUGGGCAGUCUUGGGUGUUCCUACAGAGGAGAGUUGGCCCGGAGUCACUGCCCUCCCAAACUACAGAACAGAGCACUUUUUGCCACAACCACUUCAGAAACUUGGCCACAUUUGGAAAAGAUUGGGCCUGGUUCCACAAGCGGAGAGUCUGACUUCGCAGCUACUCCAGUGCUAUCCACGGAACAGGAGCUCGGCAGAGGAUGCCCUCGCACACCAGUACUUCAGCACCCUGCCCCCUGCACUCUUCCAGCUCCCUGACAUGGUUUCCAUCUUCAGUGUAGCUGGAGUUCGGCUCGAGCCUGAAGCACGGAAUGCUUUCCAUCCCUUUCGGAAGGACAAGUGCACAUCAAUCCUUGCCUGAUGUGGAAAAUGAAAGGUACAGGUUGUUUCUAUUUGUGUGAGAUAUCCAUGCAGACCAUCAAGAGACUGAAGAUCCCCCGUGUCCUGGCCUCAUCCUCCUUAGCUCAUAGUGGACUGACUUAUACGCUGCUUUGCCAGGGAGUAUUUGAUGGGACAGUUUAGAGAGAACUUUACUCUGGAUCAAACUUGUGCUAUAUUUGCACUGAGUGUUUACUGGGACAGUGUAAGCAGGAGGGAGGGAUAAGAUUUGGACUCUAUAUUUAACCUUUGCUGUACCUGCCCUGGGCGUGGUUGAUGGGAUGCUAUAAAGGAUCGUCACUACGUAUCGAAUGUAGGUCAACCCACCCUGGAACUGCUCGAAGGGACAAUGCAAAGGGUGGUUCGCUCUGUAUCUUACUCUUGUGCCUGUCCUGUGAAUGUUUGAUGGGACUGUGUAAAGGCAAGUAAAAGUCUGUACCUGACUCAUCCUGUGCCGACCCUGGGAGUGCUCGAUAUAACAAUGUUUUAUACUCUGUACCUAACUUGUGCACUAUUAUCCUGAAUUUAAUAGGACAGAGUAAAAGGGUAUUGGCUCUGUACAUAAUGUAUGCUGUACCCUGCACUAAGAAUGUUGGAUUGAACAAUGCAGACACUGUGUCAAUUCCAUGCUGUACCUGUUCUAUUGGUGUGCUGUUGAUUGGCAGAAAUUCAGAUGGUUUUCAUUUUUCACUUGGAUGAACUGUUCCCACUGAGGAGCUUGUUGCAUAAAUAUCA